AUGAAAUUACCUCCUGGCCUUUCUGUUUCAUCUCCUUCUUCUUCUGCUCCUUUGGCUUGCAAGUUGAAAAAGUCCCUUUAUGGUCUUAGACAAGCUUCGAGGCAAUGGUAUGCCAAAUUGUCUCAAGCUUUAUAUUCUAAAGGUUUUCAUCAUUCACUCAAUGAUUACUCUCUUUUUAUCAAAGGGUCCCCAGGUCAUCUUGUCAUCCUAGCUGUUUAUGUUGAUGAUAUUAUCCUUACUGGUGAUGAUUUACGUGAGAUUUCAGCUUUGAAACACUUUCUAGAUUCUGAGUUUAAGAUAAAAGACUUGGGCUCUCUUCAUUAUUUUUGGGGUAUUGAGGUCAAUACCUUACCUGAUGGAGUUGCAUUGAAUCAGAGGAAGUUCACUUUUGAUUUACUCAAAGAGUAUGAUUGCAUGUAUGUUCAUUCUGUUGUUAACCCAUUGGACUUGAAUCAGAAGCUUAAGGCUGAUGCUGGGGAUCUCCUUCCUAGUCCUGAGAAGUACAGAAGCCUUGUGGGGAAGCUAUUGUUCUUGCCUCACACCCGGCCUGAUAUUUGCUUUAGUGUUCAACAUCUGAGCCAGUUUAUGCAGACUCUCAGGGUUCCUUACAUGAUUGCUGCUCUUCGUUUGCUAAGGUACCUUAAGGGUACUCCUGACCUUAGCCCUUUUUACUCUAACUCUACUAAUUUCUCUAUCAAGGCUUAUUCUGACAGUGAUUGGGCUGCUUGCCCUGACACUCGCAAAUCUGUUUUUGGUUUUUGUAUUUUCCUGGGUGAUAGUCUUGUUGGAUGGAAAUCGAAGAAACAACCUGUGAUUUCUCUUUCUUCUGUUGAAGCUGAGUUGUUGCAUGAUCUUACUAUUGAUGUUUCCCUCCCUAUUUCUGUUUUUUGUGACAAUAUGGCAGCCAUUCACAUUGCCAAAAAUCUUGUCUUCCACGAGCUCACUAAACAUAUUGAAGUGGACUGUCACUUCAUCCAGAGUAAGUUGACUGAAGGGUUCAUCCAGCUGUCACAUGUUCCUACCUCUGAGCAGCUGGCAGAUAUACUCACCAAGCCUCUAACUGGUGUCCUCCAUCACUCCUUUCUUGGCAAGUUGAAGGUUGUUUCCCCCUCCAACUUGAAGGGGGUGUUGGGCCUCCAGCUUGCACUACUUCAGGCCCAAAGUAGAAUACUUAAGUUGGCCCAGAUAUUUAUUUUAUGCUUAGCCUUUUGUAGUCUUUUGUACUAG